UGAGGGAAGUCUCUGUGGAGAAAGCGUUUUUAAGAUUGGAAAAGGUAUGUGAUAUAUCCCAAUCCCAAGUGGAUUGGGAUUCCAUAAUUAAUUUCUUUUUAAAUCAUGUCUGAUUCAGGAGUAAAAAGAAAUCUGAGCAACUAUGGUGUAGCUGACACAGCUGAAGGAGCUGGGUGAGCUGGGGUCACCUUGAGGGAUCCUCAAAAUGAAGGCCUUUUGUAUGAGGGUGUGAGGUUCCUUCAAGACAUUCAUUAUUAGACUCUUGGGAGACUGGGGUGAGGGACAUUAAAGGACAAGGAAGGCCAGAGGUACAUAAAACUGUAAAAUAGAAGCACCAGUUCUAAGCUAAAAUAAUAAAUAUGUACUUCUAAAUGUCUUAUUUCUGAAUCAAUAGAUUGAGCAUGUUUGGCAAUUGGUCAAUAGCUCUGCCUUACUGAUCUAAUGAAAAUGAUUAAUGGCCUUAAAAUGCUGUAUAAAGGGCUUAUGCUCUGCACAAGAGAUUAACUACAUAUUAGGAUUGUUGUAAAUGGAAUAUUCUCUCAAGGUUCUCCUUGCUCCUAACUGAGCUGCACAAUAUAUUGGGCUUUACUUUCUUUUUAAAUAAUCAAUAUUUUACUAUGGUGGAUAAUAAUAAUAAAUAACUUAUUAAUUAUUUACAUAAUAGAAAUUACAAGUCAUUCUCAUUUUCAUCAGAAGGUUGCUGGUUGUAAAAAAAAACGUUUAGUAAAUAGAAAUAGAAGUCUUUGAAUUACUCAUUUUUCACAGGAGAGAAGCAUUCAGGAAGUCAGGAAAGAGUCUCUUGCAGAUGCCACUUGUGUAUUCAUGGGGAAGGGAGGUGGGGAGGUUAUUCCACUUUAUUGGAGCAGUCCUCCAUGCCUUAGUCACGAUAGUGAGACAAAAGCAAAUUAAAGCCAUGAUGGACUCUAAGAAGAUGGUCAUCAACUUGGCCCUCUUCGGCAUGACUCAGAGUGGAAAAAGUUCUGCUGGGAACAUUCUUCUGGGAAGCACUGACUUCCACAGCAGCUUUGCUCCAUGUUCUGUGACCAAAGAUUGUAGUCUGGGCCGCAGCUAUCACCUCAAUGGCUUCAUGCGUCGAGCGGGGCAAGAGAUAAGCCUGCAAGUCCAGGUAUUAGACACUCCAGGUUAUCCACACAGCAGGCUGAGCAAGGAGAAUGUGAAACGGGAAAUCAAGGAGGCCCUGGCACAUCACUUCCGGCAAGAAGGUCUUCACCUUGCCCUUCUGGUCCAGAGGGCAGAUAUGCCUCUUUGCGGACAGGAAGCAUCUUCCCCAGUCCAGAUGAUCCAGGAACUUUUGGGACAUGCUUGGAAGAAUUAUACUGCCAUCCUUUUCACCCAUGCAGAAAAAAUAGAAGAGGCUGGAUUCAGUGAAGAUGAAUACUUACAUAAGGCCUCUGAUACACUGCUAAACCUACUAAAUUCUAUUCAGCAUAGAUAUAUUUUCCAGUAUAAAAAAGGAAACUCACUUAAUGCACAAAGAGUAAAAGUUUUAGAAAGAAUCAUGGAAUUUAUAAAAGAAAACUGUUACCAAGUUCUUACCUUUAAAUAAAAUUAAGAUGAAAGAAAAAGACCAUUGCAUUUUAGUGUCAGAACUGUUGAUUUCAACAGUGCCUUUGUUAGCAUGGGUGUGGACUGUCAGAAUUUCCAUAUGUUGUUGGUAAGAGUGUACAUUGGUAUUAACCACUUUGGAAAACUGUCUGGUAGUUGAAAACAUAAAGGGGAUUCAAGAUUUCUAAGGAAAAUCUUAUGACACAGCAACUAUACUCCUAAGUAAAUAUCUAACAGAAAUGUAUACAUUUGUGCACUAAGAGACAUGUAUGUAACAGAAUGUUCAUAGUACUGCUAUGACAGCAGUACUACUAAUCA